GCUGUAGCGGCUGAUCGACUUUUAGCUUCCGUUAGCAUGAGCAGUGUUGUCAUCAAGUCUGCUAACUAUCAUCACAAUAUAAUAUAAUAUAAUAUAAUAUAAUAUAAUAUACUUCAUCAUUGUAGUACCUCUUCUUCACCGGCUAAGUGUCCUAAGAUGACGCAACUAUGGGCGCCAAAGAGUCGAGGAUUGGAUUCUUGUCCUACGACGAGGCCGUCAAGAGAGUGACAGAUGUGGAAUUGAAGAGACUGAAAGAUGCCUUCAAGAGAACCAGCGGUGUGUCCUUCUUCAUGACUCAGCAGUGCUUCGACAAGGAAGUACUGGGAGAUGGAGUACCACUCAAAGUUGCAGAAGUGAUCUACACGUCAUUCGGAGGUACGACUAAAGGACUUCACUUCAACAACCUUGUGGUCGGUCUGGUGCUGCUCACACGAGGACGAGAUGAAGAGAAGGCAAAGUAUCUCUUCAGUCUGUUCAGCAGUGAUCCAGGAGGAUCUGCUGCCAGGGAGGACAUGGAGGCGGUUCUGCAGGUCCUGGACGGAGAAGUUCCACCCUCGCUGAGGAAGUGCUUUAGCGAGGGAGACAAGGUGAACUAUGAGCACUUCAGAGACUGGCUGCUACACCACAAAGAAGCCUUCACCUUGUCAAGAUGGCUGUUGUCUGCAGGAGUUUGUGUCACUCUGACUGAUGACAGUGACACACCCACCUUCUACCAGACCCUGGCUGGUGUCACACACUUGGAGGAAAGUGAUAUCAUUGACUUGGAGAAACGAUACUGGCUGCUGAAAGCUCAAUCUAGAACAGGACGCUUCGACGUGGAGACCUUCAUCCCUCUGGUGUCUCCUCCUCUGCACACCUCCUUAUGUGAAGGCUUGUUCCACGCCUUCGAUGAGAACCGAGACAACCACAUCGACUUCAAGGAGAUCUCCUGUGGCCUGUCAGCCUGCUGCAGAGGUCCUGUUGCUGAGCGCCAGAAGUUCUGCUUCAAAGUCUUUGAUGUGGACCAGGAUGGAGUCCUGUCCCGCGAAGAAGUCCAUCAGAUGGUGGCGGCCCUGCUGGAGGUGUGGAAGGACAAUCGCACCGACACGCUCCCUGAGCUCCACAGUUGUGCAUCAGAUAUUGUGAACGCCAUCUUCAACGUGCACGACACAAACAAACUGGGCUGCCUGACGUUAGAAGAAUAUCAAAUCUGGAGUGUGAACAAUCUUCUGGCUUCUGAGUUCUUAAAUCUUCUCUUCCAGGUUUGCCACAUCGUGUUGGGACUCAGACCUGCGUCUCCUGAAGAGGAGGGACUAAUCAUCAGGGGUUGGUUGGAGAGAGAGAAGAGACAAGGACUGCAGCACCAACACACCUGGUUCAUCAUGUCCUCGCUCUGGUGGCAGCAGUGGAAGGACUACACUCAUUAUGAGCCAAAGAGCCUCGGCCUGGAGCAAGGAUCCAUCCUGAGCUCUGCUGCAGACCUUGGUUGGUCAGAGGCCACACACAUUGCCAACGGUCGCGUGUCCCAGCAGGCAGCACAAAGACCAGCAGCCAUUGACAACCAAGGUCUGGUUGCAAGUGAGCCCGCCAAGGCGCCAACUUUGACCUUGGAGGGCGGGCGGCUGAAGCGCUGCUUGAAGAAGGAUGAAGACUUCACCAUGGUGCCAGAACCCGUGUGGCGGGCACUUUACCACUGGUAUGGUGCCAACCUCAGCCUGCCACGACCAGUCAUCAUGGACAGCAAGACAGGCCAGGCAGAACUGGAGCUGUUCCCUUGCUACCUCCUCUUUCUCCGCCACCAGACCGCCACACGCUCCUCUUCUCAGACCAACAUCUGGCUCAGUAUGGGCAACGUGCCAUCCCCAAACCUUCCUCUGAAGCGAGUGUUGGUGUACAGCGCCUGCUUCAGCCGCAUGGCCACCAUCAAGGACAUCCACCUGUACCUGUGCCAGAGACUUGGCAUCAAGGAGGAAACUGUCCGACUGUGGUUGUUUAUCAGCGAGAACUACCUCACUCUCCUGGACGAUGAGGAUCACACACUUGAGAGUUUGAAGAUCCAGGAUGAGCAGCAGCUGGUUAUUGAAAUCAGGAACAAAGACAUGAGCUGGCCUGAAGAAAUGUCCUUCAUUACCAACAGCAGCAAGAUGGAAAGACAUAAAGUUCCCACAGAGAAAGGAGCGACAGGUCUCAGUAACCUUGGCAACACGUGUUUCAUGAACUCCAGUAUUCAGUGUGUGAGCAACACCCGACCUCUCACUGACUACUUCACCUCUGGGAGACACCUGUACGAACUCAACAGAUCCAACCCCAUCGGUAUGCGAGGUCACAUGGCCAAAUGUUACGGUGAUCUGGUCCUGGAGCUGUGGAGCGGAACCCAGAAGAACAUAGCACCCCUCAAACUCAGGUGGACCAUAGCCAAGUAUGCUCCUCGCUUCAAUGGCUUCCAGCAGCAGGACUCCCAGGAGCUGCUGGCCUUCUUACUGGAUGGUCUGCAUGAAGACCUGAACAGAGUCCAUGAGAAGCCCUACGUGGAGCUGAAGGACAGCGAUGGUCGUCCUGACUGGGAAGUGGCUUCUGAGGCCUGGGAGAAUCACCUGCGCAGGAACCGCUCCAUCGUGGUGGACCUGUUCCACGGUCAGCUGAAGUCCCAAGUCAAGUGCAAGACCUGUGGUCACAUCAGCUCACGUUUCGACCCCUUCAACUUCCUGUCGCUGCCUCUGCCCAUGGACAGCUCCAUGCACCUGGAGAUCACUGUCAUCAAACUGGAAGGCUCCACUCCUGUGCGCUACGGUCUAAGGUUGAACAUGGACGAGAAGUACACCGGACUCAAGAAGCUGCUGAGUGAACUCUGUGACCUGAAGCCUGAACAGAUUCUUCUGGCUGAGGUCCAUGGUGCCAACAUUAAGAACUUUCCUCAGGAUCACCAGAAGGUGCGUCUGACUGUCAGCACCUUCUUGUGUGCCUUUGAGAUCCCAGUGCCAGGCUCGCCAACGUCUCUACACUCACCUCACCUGGCAGACUACAGCACUGUAGCUACAUGUAGCACUGGCCUCCACACUGACCCUCCUUUCACCUGCCACGAGGAGGCGGUCACCAUGGAAACACCUCUCGUCAAUGGACUGACCAAUGGACACGGGCAUGAAAGUGCUGUCACUGGUUACAUCAUCGCCAUGCACAGAAAGAUGAUGCGCACAGAACUUUACUUCCUGUCGUCCCAGAAGAACCGUCCCAGUCUGUUUGGUAUGCCUCUGAUAGUUCCCUGCACGGUGCACACCACCAAGAAGAACCUCUAUGAUGCCGUCUGGAGGCAAGUGUCCAGGCUGGUCAGUCCACUGCCCCCGCAGGACUCCAGCAACCACGCCCAGGACUGUGACGACAGUCUGGGGUACCAGUACCCUUUCACUCUGCGGGUGGUGGACAAAGAUGGUACCUCCUGUGCAUUGUGCCCCUGGUACAGGUUCUGUCGAGGCUGCAUGAUCGCCUGUACUGAAGAAGAAGUUUCUCUGGGUAAUUCCUACAUUUCUGUGGACUGGGACCCAACUGCUCUGCACCUCAGAUACCAGACUUCACAGGAGAGGGUGGUGGAGGAGCACUGCAGUGUAGAGUUGUCACGUCGCUGCCAGGCAGAACCCAUCAGUCUCCAAAGUUGUUUGAAGGCGUUCACCAGCGAGGAGGAGCUGGGAGAAGAUGAACUCUACUUCUGUUCCAAGUGCAAGAAUCAUCGACUGGCCACCAAGAAGUUGGACCUCUGGAGGCUUCCUCCUAUUUUGAUUGUCCACCUGAAGCGCUUCCACUUUGUCAAUGGUCGUUGGAUCAAAUCCCAAAAGAUUGUCAAGUUCCCGAUGGAGGACUUUGACCCCAGCACCUUCUUGGUUCCUAAAGACCUCGACCAGCGCUUGCUUCAUUCCCACUCUUCUUCUACCUUCAGCAAAGGGUUCCCACCUUCCCUGAGCGGGAGCAGUAGCCCCAAGGCGAGCGCUGGAGACAUCAAGCUAUGUGCACAUGUGUCCCACCUGAGCAGCACACCUGGCCUCUCCAGGAGCAAGGAGGAGCAGCAGGAGUGUGCUGAGGCUCAGCCACAGGGACACAAGAUGCAGGGUCCACCUGGAGGGGAUGAGCAGUUGGAACAGCCGGAUGAGUCAGUGGGAGCGUAUUCCAUGGUCUCCGCAAGGCACACUGAUGACAUCAUGCUCCCCCACACUGAUGGCAUCAUGGUCCCCGCAAGGCACACCGAUGACAUCAUGGUCCCCGCACGGCACACCGAUGACAUCAUGGUCCCCGCAAGGCACACCGAUGACAUCAUGGUCCCCGCAAGGCACACCGAUGACAUCAUGGUCCCCGCAAGGCACACCGAUGACAUCAUGGUCCCCGCAAGGCACACUGAUGACAUCAUGGUCCCCGCAAGGCACACUGAUGACAUCAUGGUCCCUGCAAGACACACUGAUGACAUCAUGGUCCCCGCAAGGCACACGGAUGACAUCAUGGUCCCCCACUCUGAUGACAUCAUGGCCCCCCACACUGAUGACAUCAUGGCCCCCCACACUGAUGACAUCAUGGCCCCCCACACUGAUGACAUCAUGGUAAACGGCGUGAACUCAGACUGCAACACUCGGCUCUCCUGCCAACAAAACAAGUGCUUGGAGUCCAUCUACAACCUCUAUGCAAUAUCCUGCCAUUCAGGAAUCAUGGGCGGGGGCCACUAUGUAACCUACGCCAAAAACCCCAAUGGCAAAUGGUACUGUUACAAUGACAGCAGUUGUAAGGAAGUACAUUCUGCGGAGAUUGACACCGACUCGGCGUACAUCCUCUUCUACGAGCAACAGGAAGUCAAUUACUCCCACUUCCUGCCAAGGACUGACGGCAAGAAGAUGGCCGACACCAGUAGCAUGGAUGAAGACUUUGAGUCGGACUACAAGAAAUAUUGUGUCCUCCAGUGAUCCACUUGCUCUUCCAAGUAGCAGGUGUAAUGUAGAGAAUGACUAAGUAUUAUUCUCAUCAUACAUAAUAUUGUAAAGAAUGACUAAGUAUUAUUCUGAUCGUGCAUAAUAUUGUAAAGAACGACUAAGUAUUAUUCUGAUCGUGCAUAAUAUUGUAAAGAAUGACAAAGUAGUACUCUGAUCGUGCGUAAUAUUGUAAAGAAUGACAAAGUAUUACUUUGAUCAUGUGAAAUAUUGUAAAGAAUGACAAAGUAUUACUCUGAUCAUGCGUAAUAUUGUAAAGAAUGACAAAGUAGUACUCUGAUCGUGUGUAAUAUUGUAAAGAAUGACAAAGUAUUACUUUGAUCAUGUGAAAUAUUGUAAAGAAUGACAAAGUAUUACUCUGAUCAUGCGUAAUAUUGUAAAGAAUGAUAAAGUAUUACUCUGAUCGUGCACAAUAUUGUAAAGAAUGACAAAGUCUUACUCUGAUCAUGUGAAAUAUUGUAAAGAAUGACAAAGUCUUACUCUGAUCAUGCAUAAUAUUGUAAAGAAUGACUAAUUAUUACUCUGAUCAUGUCUCCUUCUGCUUGAUUGGAAGGAAAUAACCUUUUGAAGAAGGAGUGACAGCACUGGACUCUUAGCGCACUUUGCCAACACCCUUAGCCCCUCCCCCUGACAUUGGUACUCCCCAAAUGUACUUGGUGACUCUGAACUAUGUACAUACUUCUUCUGUGUACUUGGUGACUCUGAACUAUGUACAUACUUCUUCUGUGUACUUGGUGACUCUGAACUAUGUACAUACUUCUUCUGUGUACUUGGUGACUCUGAACUAUGUACAUACUUCUUCUGUGUACUUGGUGACCCUGAUCUAAGUACAUACUUCUUCUGUGUACUUAGUGACCCUGAACUAAGUACAUACUUCUUCUGUGUACUUGUGUGGCUCACUGGCAGCCAAAAGGGAGAAAAGAGAAACAAAGACUUCCAAAUGGAACUGACUCCAAAUGUCCUCUUUUUUUUUUUUUACUGCUGAGUCAUCAUUAAAGAAUAAUGACUGUA